CCCCCCCAGCCCUUCCGUGACUCGCCCCUACACACUGAUGGUUAGAGCAGGUCGGCCGACCCCGAAGCCCGGGGUUUACUCACCAGCUGAAUUGCCUCCUGUGUUCAGUGCAGAGAAAGCUGCCUCGCAGUAGUUAAAGCACCUUCUCAGCGUGGGUGGCACAGACUGUUGUGGGGAGCAUGUCCUGAGCACGCGCCUCACAGGCUUUGUGGACGCCACCCCCAGGCCCUCAAGACACUGGGAGCUACAAAUCCCGGAUCAUCACUUCACAAUAUAUUCGUGUAUUAAAUCAUAGUAAACUUACACAUUACGCACAAAGGUGAAACCUCACUGGCAGCACACCUGCAUCCAGAGUGACUCACCUGCUCUGUGUGACGUUGGGGGUUAAACGUCACCCAGACUGACUAUUUAGCCAUCUGGACUUUGGCAUAGCCUCAUCACACAUAGGAUGUUAACCGCUCUGUGUUCUCCCCAGUUACCCUCCGCAGGCAAGCCCCCUGAUGAUCCUACUUCCGGGGAGCCACCACAGACCCACCCAAAGAAAAAUAGACUAGGCGUGGCCAUAGCAGCUGUGGCCGGAGGAGCUGUGGCAGUGGUGGGUGCACCCAUGGUGCUGGGCGCCGCGGGCUUCACGGGGGCAGGAAUUGCCGCCGGCUCUGUGGCGGCCAAGAUGAUGUCAGCCGCGGCCAUCAUGAACGGGGGCGGCGUGGCGGCCGGCAGCCUGGUGGCCACUCUGCAGUCCGCAGGGGCAGCUGGACUGUCCAUGUCAUCCAAUGUCAUCCUGGGCUCUGUUGGGUCAGCUCUUGGGGGCUGGCUGUGGAGGGAAAAAAAGCCAUCCCAUGAGCCAACGACUGAAGAGGAUGAUGGAGAUGACCGUGAUGGAGCUGGAUCCCCUCAGGAUCCCGGGGCGGUGGUCCCUAGAUGACAGCUGCAGGGCUUGUCAACAUUGUUCAGUUAAAGAACUGGUUCAUUCUGUAAGUUAAACUACAUGAGAAUAAAAGGAGACACU